AUGACAGAUUCACUAUCGAGUGAACUGGAUUCAAGCAGCAAAAGAAAAUGGCGAGCAGAUGCUGUUCGACUUACAAUCGGCAUUCUUGAAAGUGAAAAGGAUUACAGGAAUCUGUGUGUUCUCGGACGUGGCACCUAUGGAGAUGUUUUCAGAAUGUAUGACCCUCACCGAGAUUGUGACAUUGCCGUGAAAGUUGUGACAUCUGAUAAUCUUGCUGAUAUUGAAACAGCAGUGUGGCCUAAAUUACGUCACCCGAAUAUUGUGCCUCUGCUGGAAGUCCAUACAUUUUCCCCAGUGGACACUGUCAUAUUCGUUAUGCCAGUCCAAUAUAAAACUUUACACGAUGUGCUUCAAGACAAGUACUUUCGAAAGAGAGAAGGAUGUCUAAUGUACAUAAAAGCCUGGUUAUAUGAGGUACUUUGCGGAUUAGAAUACUUAAACUCAAGGAAUCUGUGUCAUUUGGAUAUAAAAGUCGAUAAUGUUCUCAUUACGCACAAGUACACAGCUAUGUUGUGUGAUUUUUCAUUUGUGAAUUACACUUCUAGGCCUCUGGAAAAGUACGACCUGGGUCUUCCAUACAUCUACAGACCGCCGGAAGCGUGCCAUUCUCUGGGAGAGACUAUAAAGAUCGAUGGUAUUUCUUAUGACAUGUGGGGCUAUGGAGUCAUGGUUGUCGAAAUAUUCACGCAAUUUGUUCUUGCUAAUACAGUGUCAAAUGAGAAGUGUUGGUACAAAGAGGUUUAUCCAACACUAUUCCAAGCCUUACAAGAAAAGCAGUUUAAAAAAGAAAUAGCUGAAACUUUUCCUGCUGAUGUUAUGAAUACUGGUGAGAUUAGACUUGCUCUGAACUUCAUCCAUCUUUUUCUCAAGCAAAACUAUGAAAAAAGAGCGAUUCCAUCCAAAGCUAAAAAACACCAAUUUUUGGGAGAAGGUACAGAUUUGGGGCCAGUACCUGAUCCUAUGUGGAUUUACAAAGGCACAGAAAUUGUUUUAUCAGUAUUUAGUGAUUUGGCGACUGAAUUACCUAUUUAA